AUUUCCUGUCGUAUGCCCGGACAAUGCUUUGUUCGUACCUCUUCACUCGUUAACACCCACAGAAUCUCGGCCCCAGCUGCUUCAUCAUGAUAUGACAAUCCGCGUCAGCCGGUUCGACUGUUGCUUCGCUGAUCUGUCCAGGGGGUCCCUGGCGCCGUGGGCUGCCUGGUACCAACUCGCACGGUGCUGAUCCGAACCGACUUGAUCAGCUCUUGGAUGUCUCGCUGAACAGGUUUUGAAAAUUGUUGCCUUCUGGUAUUUCCACUGGAACUCUUUGUCCCCGACUUGGAGCUCAAGGACUUUUCGUCAUGGAGUCAUACGAUAUUGGCGCAGAGACUGUGCCGAGUCACGGACUGGACGACACUUUGUCUCAGACAGCAUCGACGAAAGAAGAGACCAAUGCAGCCCGGCCAGCAGCCGAGCCAGUCAUCGAUGUCAACUCCAUCACCGAGGAACGCCAUGAAGGAAAGGGCCAUUUCUGCAACAGGAGGGAGUCGGAUGGGUCUGUCCUCAACUCCGAGACGCCGAUCACUCAUCACUACCUGACAUUCCUUACGCCUCUCCCCAAGCUCAACCAGGCUCGGACGCUGCCGCCUGGUCCAUCUACCAACGACCAGCCUGGGCGUCUAGAAUAUCCAGACUUGUCGAAAUUCAGUAAUCCAUUGUUUUGGCCCGGCAGUCGCAAAACCGUCAUGGUUGCCAUUUCAUGCGUUGCAACAAUGGUCACGGCUUACACGGCUGGCGCAUAUGCUCCCAUGGCAGACCUUUUGGCUGCCGACUACGGUGUCUCCAGGGUUGCUGCAUUGACGGGGAUCACCACGUUCUGCAUGGGCUUUGCCUUGGCUCCCAUGAUCCUCGCGCCAUAUUCCGAAGUCGCUGGCCGAUAUCCCGUGUUCGUCGUGGCGGGGGUCUUCUUUAUCGUCUUCCAGGCCGUUUGCGGUCUCGCGCCAAACUUGGCCGCCCAGCUGAUCGCACAGUUCCUCAAAGGCUCUGGCGCAAGCGUCUUUAGCACAAUGGUUGGCGGCGUCAUUGCGGAUCUAUACGAGAAGGAGCAGCGCAAUACUCCCAUGGCUUUCUUCAGCGGCUCGGUGCUGAUUGGCACUGGUCUAGGUCCGCUCGUUGCAUCUCUCAUGGUCCAGUACCUCGGCUCGAACUGGAAGUGGGUGGUCUGGCACCAAGUCAUCCUCGACUUUGUCGUUAUAGUUACCGUCGUGACAUUUUUUCGCGAGAGCCGAGGCUCGGUCCUGCUAUCAAAGAAAGCCAGGGCGCUCAACAAGUUCUACGACGAGCUCGAGGGAAAGGGCCACUUUGGCGUCUGGGUCGGGUCGCAAGACGACAAUACUGACACCCGGACUGACCGACCGGACGCUGGAGCCAACGAUCACGACCUGACCGACGUCGAGAAGGGCAGCGGUAAUGUCGAAAACACCAACCCGGCAAAGCUCCAGCGUAUUCGGUGGCUCGUCAAGGAGGACGAGCAACGCGCGUCCAUUGUACAGAUGAUGAAGACAUCCCUGACCCGGCCCUUCCAUUUUCUGUUCACUGAGCCCAUUGUGUUCUUCUUCUCCCUAUGGGUCUCCUUCGCGUGGGCGGUAUUGUACCUGACGUUUGCGUCCAUCCCGCUCGUGUACCGCCGCGUGUACAACUUUAGCAUCGCACAGGCCGGUCUCGUCUUCUUCGCAAUGAUAAUCGGAGGCAUCGUGGCCACCUGUGGCGGGCUGUACUCAGAACAGCUACUCAAGCAUCCUUCAUGGCAGACCAAGGGCUCUGGCGAGGGCGGCAGCGCUUUCUGGGCCUUCAUGCGUCGCAAGUUCCCCGUGGAGUCGCCGGAAUCGCGGCUGUACUUUACCUGCUUGACGUCCAUCUUCUUGCCGAUCGGACUGUUCAUGUUUGGAUUCUGCGCGCGGCCGGACAUCCACUGGAUCGUCCCGGCCAUUGCCAUCGUCUUUGCAAGCAUGGGCAUCUACUUUGUGUACCUGGCGACCUUUAACUACCUGGCCGACACGUACCAGACGUACGCCUCGUCAUCGCUGGCAGCUCAGUCGUUCUGCCGAAACGUACUUGGCGGUGUUUUCCCCUUGGUCACUGGCGCUCUGUUCACGAACCUUGGCGAAGGUGCCGCUGGGGGCAUCUUGGGCGGUGUCGCGACGGUUCUGACCGUCGUGCCGUGGGUUCUCGUCUUCUUUGGCGAGCCCAUCCGGCAACGAAGCAAGUUCGCGGUGGCUCUGGGGCGGAAAUAAUGGCGGUGCGACGCGGCUACAAAUGCAAUGUACUAGACAUUAAUAGAAAAUAGAACCGGCAUUGUCUACCAA